UGACAGCGGCUACUCCGGGUCUAGUUUCGACAAGCCACGCUAACAAAAAAAGAAAGAAGAUUUCAAUUCCUUCAUUUUAGAAACCAAACCAACCCUGCUCCACCGGCCACCGACGGACUCUUCUUUACUCUUCGCCGCCGGCCAGCGGUAUGAAGCAGAAGACUUGGCCGGCGAAAUUCGACAGCCCUCGCUUCAUCGCGCUCCCUUUGGUCAAGAAACAGACUACCCGCCCCCAGCCGCAUUCUUCCUCUAAAUUAAAGCCGCCGUUCUCCGAUCCCUACACUGACCGUCGCUGCGACCAAGACUACUCUCAGCUCCCUUAUGACGUCUUGCUUAAAAUCGCGGCGACUUUUUCCUGGACCUACCUGCGAACAGCGUCGCUGGCCUGCAAGUCGUGGAGCGACGCGCUUCGCCCUUUGAGGGAGGCCAUGCUUUUUCUCAGCUGGGGGAAGCGAUUCAAGCAUGGCCGUGGUGGGGUCAAGCCCAACUUGACCAAGGCACUCGAUUGCUUCCUCAAAGGGGCGGCGCGUGGGUCUACUCUGGCCAUGGUGGAUGCUGGGCUUUUGUAUUGGGAGAUGGGGAGAAAGGACGAAGGAGUAGCUUGGUAUAGAAAGGCAGCCAUGCUAGGCGACCCUACUGGUCAGUGCAAUUUGGGGAUUUGUUUAUUGCAAGGUGAGUCUCCAAAUGCAGAAGAGGCUGUUAAGUGGCUGCAUAAAGCUUCUAUUGCUGGCCAUGUUCGUGCUCAAUACCAAAUUGCACUGUGUUUCCAUCAGGGCCGCGGUGUGAAUAAGAAUUUUCAGGAAGCGGCAAAGUGGUAUCUGAAAGCUGCUGAAGGUGGAUAUGUACGUGCUAUGUAUAACACUUCGUUAUGCUACUCAUUUGGAGAAGGUUUGGUGCAAUCUCAUCGAUUAGGCAGAAAAUGGAUGAAGAGGGCAGCAGAUCGGGGCCACAGUAAAGCUCAAUUUGACCAUGGAUUAAGUCUUUUUUCUGUAAGGGAUAUGGAGAAAGCUGUGCUGUACCUGGAACUUGCAACACGUGCGGGUGAGAUGGCUGCAGAUCAUGUGAAGAAUGUUAUACUCCAACAACUUUCUCCAUCUUCUCGCAAUCAAGUCAUGAUCCUUAUCAACAAUUGGCGUCCUUUACCUUCGUCUCGUUAACUUACACACCCUUUUGGUAGACCCCUUUCUUGAUAAAGAAACUUUGGACAGUUAGACCCCCCCCCCCCCCCCCCCCCCCCCCCCCAAAAAAAAGCUUUCUUUUCUCUUAAGCUUUUUGUGUUCCUCUUUUUAGCCUCUUCCUAUGUAAAAUAAUCCUUUUUAUGUUCUCAAAAUGUGAAAUGAAAGGCCUUUCUUUUUUGUACAUUGAAAAGACGAAACAAAAGUUGGACAUAAUUGGACUGUUUUUCCUUUUUAAUGAAAUGACUUCAUGAUAACCCUGUGUAGAUGGCUUUGUGUAGAGUGUAGACAUGUGACCCACUUUUAAGCAAGUCUUGUUGUUUUAUUGAUGAAACAUAGCUUCUUUUUUUAACCUGGAUGGCAAACCACCCUUCAUAAAUGAAAAAUUACACAUAAAUUUGGGGGGGGGGGGGGGGGGGGGGGGGGACCUAACCCAAUAAAAAAGUAUGAAUAAUAAAUCUAAAGGACGGGAUUCCAAAAAAAUCCAAAUAGAACAUUAUUGAUGAAACAUAGACAAUGCAUAAACGGCUUUCUGCAUUUGGAGAAUUUAAUUAUCAACAUGACUUAUUAUAUUUUAAUUUUUAAAUAUUUGAUUGAAUGCAGUUUGUUUUUAAUAUUGUUAAUACUCUAAUGAUCACAAAAGUUCAUGUCCGGCCGGUUCGGACAGGACCCCAUCCGGUCUCCCCUUUUGGGGCGAUUCCCGGUGGUAUUUUUUGCUGAAAUUUUUUGUGUAUGUUCUUCAUCAAGUCUAGUUCAUCCAUACCAAAUUUGAGUAAAAAAUUCAAUCGGGAAGGUUGUCAAAUGAUUUUUGCAUGAUAAC